GGGAGGUACCUUCGGGUUGCUACAACCCAUCAUUGGGCCUUGUUGCCGGUGCUCCAAUCUCAAAACCGAUCGCGACACACAGCAUCACAUUUUCGCAACCGGGACCCAAGAUGACGGACAAGUCCGUCUGGGAUAAGGAAAUUCCUGUACCGGCGAAAGUCAUUGAAUAUGUCGACCCAGGUGUUCUCUCUAAACUGCCGCCAGGGACGCAAGUCCAAGGCAUCACUGCUAGCGGGGCGUCCUAUUGGGCUCAAACUGCCAAAAUCCUUGCUACAGAUCAAGGCGGGAAUCCGACCCCGUUCUUCAUCAAGGUUCACCAGUUCGAGCACGGAAAGAACAUGGUCUCGGCCGAAUACUACGCCAUGUCGCUGUUAUACAGUGUCGUUCCUCACAUGGUUGCAGAACCGCUGGGCUGGGGCGCUUAUACCGAUGAGCCGGAGACUUACUUCUACCUCUGUCGAUUCCUUGAGCUGUCAGGGAAUAUCCCGAGUGUCACGGACUUUCCGAAGCUCGUCGCGGAGUUUCAUCAGCGAGGCCGAUCUCCAACAGGAGAGUUCGGGUUUCCCAUUACCACAUAUGGGGGACGCAACCCGCAGACAUUCCCCCUGUGCAAGAGUUGGGAGGAAUGCUUCUCACGAGGACUGGAGAACAUUUUUGACAUGGAAGAGAAAACCCAUGGACCGGACGAGGAAAUGCGACAACUUCGCCGUGGCCUGAUGACGAAAGUCAUUCCUCGGCUCCUGCGGCCGCUGGAGACGGAGGGAAGAGUUUUGACACCGACGCUUGUACAUGGAGAUCUCUGGGAUGGGAAUGCUUCAGUGGACAAGGCCACUGGGCGUCCGAUGAUCUUCGAUGCAACCCCUCUUUAUGCCCACAACGAAUAUGAGUUGGGGCCGUGGUGGGCGACUCGACACAAGAUGACUCGUGAGUACAUUGCAGGGUACAAGGCAAUACCGGGUUGCCAUCCGUCCGAACCGAAGGAGGACUUUGAGAGUCGGGGAGCCCUUUACGCUCUGUAAGACAUUUUUGAUC